GCAGGUGACUGUACUCUUCGUGAAGCUAUCAUCAUCAGUAGUGUUCUUGCUAAGACAAGUAUCCCAGUACUACAUUCAAGUGCUGUAAUGCUGAAGAUAGCAGAGAUGAACUACACAGGAGCAAACACUAUAUUCCUCAAGAUGUUUUUCGAUAAAAAAUAUGCCCUUCCCUACAGAGUAAUAGAUGCUGUGGUCUAUCAUUUUUUACGUUUCUUGUCUGACAAGCGAACUCUCCCGGUCCUAUGGCAUCAGUGUCUACUAACGUUUGUACAAAGAUAUAAAGAAGAUGUCUCAAGCGAGCAGAAAGACAGUCUUCUUGAGCUCUGUAAAGUACACAUCCACAACCAGAUAACACCCGAGGUUCGACGUGAAAUAACCAGUUCCAAGAGCAGAGACGAGCAAAUGGAUAUGCCAGUAGACAGUAUGUCAUAGUGAGGUAGAAUGAAUUAUAGAUGUGUAAAUGUUACGGUACAUGGUCGCGUUAUGGAGCUAUUGAGAAUAAGUGUCAUAUGAUUAUCAAACUGCACAUUCGUACGGUAGAGCGGUUUUCGUAUUACUGCGAAAAGAUGGCGGCUCGCGAACGCGGUCGUGACACGGCAACUGAUAUGCCAGACCAAUCGCAAUGCGCGAGUUUUUACUCUCCAUCGAAUCAAAUACCCGAAACACGCCGCUGAUAAGGUCACGCCAAGGUCACGUCAAAAGUCAGCCAACUAAAAUUCUAGAAAACGUAACGGUCACGGCACGGCACGCUAAGGGCACUGUGUUUUUCAUAGUCAUGCGAAAACUGCUCUAUCUGUACUAACUUAUCAGAUUGUGCGAUGUUACCUCUCGAAUCAUCCAUCAGACAAAAUACCAAGGUCACGGCACACCACGUAACGUUAGAUAUUCAUAUGAAAUUUGCUCCAACUAAUUGCGUUGAGCUAUUAAAUCGCAGCGCUCUGAUUAUUCUUGGGUGCAUGCGACGUCGUAGCCUUCAUUUUAGUUGACUUUCAUCUGACCUUAAAUUUGCUCUUGGUGUAUUUUGUUGUGUCAACCAACAUGGUGGCCACGUCUUUUGUCCUUUUAUUCUCAUGGUAAGUGCUGCACUCAACCAAUACGAGAUAUCGCAUUAUCAGCCUUAACACAGAAAGCCCACUUCAGAUAAAAGUAAUCAAACAAAUAUUCAUUAGAAAAAAAUCGCUGUUUGAUUUUUUUCCAAUCAAAGGUAAACUUCUUGUGCUCCAGCUAGAUAAUACUAGCAAAUAGGAAAGUCAGGCAGAAAUAUAGUGCUUUAGCAUAUACCAACUUGUGUACUUCCUUAGAACGCGCGCGCUCAUUGGUUCAUUGGAGGUGAAUAUUGUACGAUAUUCACCUCUGAAUCUCGGAAUAUUGAGUCGGCAACAAAAUAUCAUCU